AUGAUACAUUGUCAUGAAACGAAUGGUAGUACAGCUCUACAUGUUGCUGUAGAAUGUGGUCAUACAGAAAUUGUUCGUCUUCUUUUACAUGAUUAUGGAGUAUGUCGACAUUUACCGGAUAGUCAAGGUUGUACUGCUUUUGAAUUGGCUAAAACUGAUAAAAUGCGACAACUAUUUAAACGCUCAACGUUAAUUGAAAAUCGGUUUUAUGAUGAGACGAAUCGUUCAGCAGUAUUUACUGUCACAGAAUCUGACGAAAAUCAAAAUAUUCCUUUUGGACGAGUCGAAGGUCAUCAAAAUUAUGGAUCUAUUCUUGAUGAGCAUACUCAUAAAAUUUAUCAACAUCCUAACGGUUUACUCACACGUCUUUCUGAUAAAAUAAUUUCUUACAAACCAGGUAAUAAUCAGUUUAUAUCGAAAGCAAGCGACGUCUUAUUAAAUGUGAUAGAUCAGCAUAUCGAUUUAACCAACGCACAAUAUCGUAAAGCAAAAGUAUUAGUUAAACAAUAUUAUGAAACUGGACGAGUGAAUUCAUUGAUUCGAUUGUAUACGCUUGAAACACCUUUUUAUACGUUUAUCAAUCAAAACAGAGAAACUAGUGAAUAUCUUGCAAUACCAAUUUAUUAUUCACUUCGUUUUCUUUAUCCACGUGCAUUCAAAGGUAUUUGUUAUUGCGGUUUAAGUAUGACAGUGGAAGAAUUGAAAGAUUAUCGAUGGGGUCUAGAAAAGACUAGCCGCUAUUUGGUAACAAAUACAUUUUUUUCAACAACGAAAAACAUCGAUUGUGCACAAGGUUAUGCUGAAGUACGUGCAUGGGAUCAACGCAUUCCAGUAUUGAUAGUAUUUGACUUUUCUAGUAAAUGUUUCACAGCAAUUCAACUAGAAAAAUUAUCCAACCAAUUACCCUCAAUAUCAGAAAUCGAGAGCGAACAAGAAGUAUUAAUUUUACCUCGAACAACCUUUCGUGUGCAAAAAGUUGAACAAAAUGUAUCACAAGCGGCAAUAUAUUUGACAUUUUAUCCACACGACAAAGAAAUUGAUGAAUAUUAUACUCUUCUGGCGCACAAUAUUUCCGAGUACUGA